AUGGUCCAGGCAUCUCCAGAUAAGGCUGAGAAAAACCCCACUCACCCGGUCCCAUCUGAAACCCUGGAGAGCUGCCUUAAGCUCAAGGCCGACACAAUCGGCGUUGGGGACAUUGCUUCUCCUGGUGUCCGAAGCGGGUUUUGGCACCCAGUUCAUCUUUGCUGGUCAGGCUGGGGCUGCACAAACUCAGCAGGCAGAGGGACCUCUCGGAAGGAGAUGCUGAAGGCGGCACACCCAGGAGGGCCUUGCCCUGGCCAACUACUGGGCAUCCUGGCCUGGUUCUCUCUGUGGCAGGCAUUGGCGCUGGAGGACGGGGGCUGCUGUUUUGGCUCCCGCAGGCGGUGGUGUGAGAGGAUGGUGCAGGUGACGGGAGAGGAAGUGGUGACCCCGAGGCGGGAGGAAGCAGUGCCUUGCUCCGACGUCUACCAGUACAACAUGGCGGGCUGGCUCCUUGACCAGGACAGGAUGCGCCAGGCCUAUGGCCCCAGAGAGGGCAUGUGCUACGUCUACAAGCCCGAAGGCACCAGGCCCGUGGUGUGGAACCGCACUGUGCGCGCUUGCUGUGAUGGCUGGAGCGGGCCCCAGUGCUCCGAGGGAAAAGGGUCGACGGGGCGCUGCUUCUCGACCCGGCAAUGCCAGGACGUGCCCGGGCUGCAGAACCUGUCGCUGCUCAGCCUGGACGAGUGCUGCAGCCGCCGGUGGGGGCACAGCUGGCAGAAUGCCUCCUCCGCGCUGUGCUUCAGCUGCUCCUCCCAGCUCCUGAAAGAGGACCUGCCUUCGCCCUUCUUGCUCCGGCCACCAGCCCCCACGGCGCUCCGGGUCCGCUCGGGGCAUCGUCAUCGCCCGUUUGCCACCUGCAUGACCUGGGCCGGCUUCCACUACCGCAGCUUUGACGGCAAACACUUCCGCUUCCACGGGAGCUGCGUCUACGCCUUGGCUGCCGCCUCGGACGGCACCUGGGCCAUCUAUAUCUCCUCCAGCAGCGGCAGUUGCACGCCUGGCCGCUGCCACAGGGUCCUCCGCAUGCUGUUUGGCCUUGACCUGGUUGUGGCCCAGGGACGGAACGUCUCGGUGAACGGCGAUGGCGUGCCAGAGGGGGAGCCGCGCUUGCACAAAGGGAUCAGCGUUUGGUGGCUGGGCGACUUUGUCUUCGUGGAGAGCGGCCUGGGCGUUCGGGUCAAGUUUGAUGGGCACGACACCAUCUACGUCACAGUUGGGGCGGAUCUGAGAGGAGCCACCCGAGGGCUGUGUGGGGUCUACAAUGGCGAUCCUGCAGAUGACUUCCUCCGCGUGGGAGGGGACGUGGCUGUGUUGGCAGCGAGCUUUGGCAAUUCGUGGCGCAUCCCAGAUGCCGGGUCGAUCCCGUGCAAGGAUGCUGCAGAGGAAGCGCACAGCUGUGACGCGGCGGAAGGCCAAGGAGCCCAGCGGGAGGCAGAGGCCGUGUGCCAGGAGCUGCUGUCUGGGCCUUUCCGGCAAUGUCACGCGGAGGUGGACCCCAGCGGCUUCUACGACACCUGCAUGUACGUGCACUGCAGCGGGGCAGGGACCGGGACCGUCUGCGAGACCUUUGCCAGCUAUGCCCGUGAGUGUGCCCAGCAGAGCGUCUUGGUCAACUGGAGGCGCCCCGGAUUCUGCGAAAAGCCCUGUGUCCAGGGGAAACACUACUCGGACUGUGUGUCCUCGUGUCCUGCCAGCUGUGCAGCUGUGGGUACGGUGGACGAAGAGCACUGCCGAGGCGAGUGCGUGAGUGGCUGCGAAUGUCCGCCGGGCCUCUACCUGGAAGGGGGCGCCUGCGUCCCAGAGAGCCAGUGCCCCUGUUUCCACCGGCGCCAGAAGUACUCCCCGGGGGAGACGCUUCAGCAGCGUUGCAACCAGUGCACCUGCCAAGGAGGUCACUGGCUUUGCUCCCAAGACCAAUGCGCCGGGCAGUGUGCCGUACUUGGUGACCCGCACUACCUGACCUUUGAUGGCAAGCGGUACUCCUUCCACGGCACCUGUCAGUACAUCCUGGUGCAGGAUUUUGUGGACGGGAAGCUUCAGAUUGCUGCAGAGAACGAGGCGUGCGGGAGCCGGGGAGCCGUCAGCUGUCUCCGGGCCGUGACCGUCACCGUGCAGAAGGUCUCUGCCCGGCUGUCCUUGACGGGGGAGGUUUCUGUCAACGGCCUGGACGUGGCGCUCCCAUUCGCCAGUGCCGACCUGACGGUGCGCCGCGCCUCAUCGUCCUUCCUGCUUCUCCAGGCCUUUGGGGCCCACGUGCUGUGGGGCCUGGAGUUCCCUGCCGUCUACAUCACUCUGCAGCCCAGCUUUGCCAAUAAGGUUCGAGGCCUCUGCGGCACCUACAACUGGAACCAGCAGGACGAGUUCAGCACUCCGGAGGGAGACGUGGAGUCCGCCGUGGCUGCCUUCGCCGACAAGUUCCGGCUCUCCCACGACUGCCCAUCCUUUGGCACUUUCACCUUUGACCCCUGUAGCACUUAUGCCCAACGGAGGCAGUUUGCGGAGACGGCCUGCGCCAUCCUGCACAGCCCCUCCUUCCAGCCCUGCCAUGACCUGGUGGAGCAUGAGCCUUUCUACCAGCUCUGCCUUUACGAUGUGUGCGGCUGUUCGGCCGGCAAGGAGUGCCUGUGCAGCGCCGUGGCUGCCUACGCCAGGCAGUGCGCCCAGGAGGGGGCCGAGGUGUCUUGGAGGAACCAGACCUUCUGCCCGGUGCCGUGCUCGGGGGGCCAAGUCUAUCGAGAAUGCGCUGCCCCCUGCCGCAUGACCUGCGCUGACCUCCGCAUGGAAGCGUUUGGCACCUGCGAGGAUCUGGAGAACGUCUGUGUGGCCGGGUGCAACUGCCCGGAGGGGCUGGUGUUGGACGAUGACGGCCAGUGCGUCCAGCCGGCCAUGUGCCCCUGCGUGCACAGGAAUGAGGCGCAUCCCCCUGGCAGCAAAAUCCAGAAGAGCUGCAACACCUGCCUCUGUGCAAACGGGGCCUGGAACUGCACGGACGAGAACUGCCCCAAAGCGGUCCUCUGCCCUGGGGAUCUGGUCUAUGCCUUCGGCUCCUGCCUACGGACCUGCGAGAGUCCCGAGAGCAACCUCAGCUGCGCCGGCUCCUCUGACGGCUGUGUCUGCCCGCCCGGCACCGUCUUCUUGGAUGAGCGCUGUGUCCCCCCGGAGGAGUGCCCCUGCCACCACAACGGCCGGCUCUACCAGCCCAACGACACCAUCGCCAAGGACUGCAACACCUGCCUUUGCCGAAGCCGGCGCUGGGAGUGCAGCCGCCACCGCUGCGCCGGGACGUGUGUAGCCACCGGGGAUCCCCACUACCUCACCUUUGACGGCCGGGCCUACACCUUCCUGGGGGACUGCGAGUACGUCCUGGCCCGCGAGAGCAGCGGCGCUUUCUCCGUCACGGCUGAGAACGUGCCCUGCGGCACCAGCGGCACCACCUGCACCAAGUCCGUCGUGGUGCUCCUCGGCGGCACCGUGGUCCACCUGCUCCGAGGGAAGGACGUGACCGUGAACGGGGUCUCGGUGCGUCCCCCGAAGACGUAUAGCGGGAACGGCCUGACCCUCGAAAGAGCCGGGCUCUUCCUGGCCCUCAUCUCUCAGAUGGGGCUGACGGUGCUCUGGGAUGGAGGCACACGGGUCUAUGUCAAAUUGGACCCCAUGUACCACAGCCGCGUGUCAGGACUUUGUGGGAACUUUGACGGGGACACGGAGAACGAUUUUGCCAGCCGGCAAGGCAUCGUGGAGCCCACCGCUGAUCUCUUUGGAAACUCCUGGCGGGUCAGCCUGCUGUGCCCUGAAGUCAGUAGCGAGGACUUCGAGCAUCCGUGCACGGUGAACUCCCACCGUGUGACGUGGGCUCGGAAGCGCUGUGGGAUCCUCCUGCAGGACCUCUUUGCCCCCUGCCACCAAGAACUGGCGUGCCAGCAGUUCUACGAGUGGUGUGUCUUCGACGCCUGUGGGUGCGACUCUGGAGGAGACUGCGAGUGCCUGUGCACGGCCAUCGCCACCUAUGCCGAGGAGUGCAACCAACGCGGGGUGUUCGUGCGCUGGAGGAGCCAGGAUCUGUGCCCCAUGCAGUGUGACUACGGUCUGGAGUACGACCCCUGCGGCCCCGCCUGCCCUCAGACCUGCAAGAACUUUGGCCUGGAGCCUGCUGACCACUGCGACAGCGUCUCCUGUGUGGAGGGCUGCUUCUGCCCAGAGGGGAAAGUGCUGCAUGGUGGCCGCUGCAUCGACCCCGCCGAGUGCCCCUGCUAUUGGGAGGGCACCUUGUUCCCUCUGGGUGCCCUGGUGAUGCAGGAGUGCAGGAACUGCUCCUGUGAGGCAGGCCUGUGGCAGUGCACUGCCCCUCUGGAGCCUUGCGCCACCCCGCCCCGCUGCGCCGAGGGGGAGUUCGCCUGCCGCAGGGGCGGGCGCUGUGUGCCCGGUGCCUGGGUGUGCGACAACGAGGACGACUGUGGGGACGGCUCGGACGAGUUCUGCGCCUUGAGCUGUGCCCCGCACCAGUACCAGUGCGCCAGCGGUCAAUGCGUGCCCUGGGGGUACCGCUGCGACGGCACCGCGGACUGCUUGGACCGCUCGGACGAGAAGGACUGCCCUCUGCCCGCCUGCGCCCUGCAGGAGUUCCGUUGCGCCAACGGCCGCUGCAUCCCCCGCCAGCAUGUCUGUGACGGAGAGCUUGACUGCGGCUUUGCAGAUCGCUCGGAUGAGGCAGGCUGUGGGCCGCCCUGUGGCUUGAGUGAGUUCCGAUGUGCACUUGGCCACUGUCUGCCGUACCUGCACCACUGCGAUGGACAUGACGACUGCGGGGACUUCAGCGAUGAGCACAACUGCGUGUGCCCCGCCGGGGAUUUCCAGUGUCCUGACGGCCGGUGCCUUUCCCAAGCUCUGGUUUGUGACGGCAAGCAGGACUGCCCCACUGGAAUGGAUGAGGCUUUCUGCCCAGGGCAAGUGACGUGCGCCCCUGGGCAGCUGCCUUGCCCAGACGGCACCUGCGUGAGCCGCCCGCGGGUGUGUGACGGCGUGCCCGAUUGUGCUGAUGGUGCCGACGAAAAGCCAGCCCAGUGCCUGGAGGCUCAGGUCACACCUCUGGUGGCCACCGCCUCCCCGGGGCUUCCUGUGACUCACCUGCUGCCUGCCAACAGGACCCUGGCCCCCCCCUGUGGUCGUUACGAGUUCCACUGCCACAGCGGGGAAUGCCAGCCACGGGGCUGGGUGUGUGACAAUGAAGCCGACUGCCUGGACGGCAGCGACGAGGUGCACUGCAACCGGACGUGCGGCCUGGACCAGUUCCCGUGCGCCCUGGGGGGAGAAUGCAUCCACUACAGCCGCCUGUGCGAUGGUGCCCCCCAUUGCCAGGACCAGUCGGACGAGAGCAUCGACACAUGUGGCUCCACUCAGAUCCCACCCUGCCCAGGGUUCUUUAUCUGCAACAACCGCAUGUGCAUCAACGUCUCCCGCGUGUGCGACGGCUCCCCGGACUGUUCCCAGGGAGAAGACGAGCUGGCCUGCGGAAGCCACGUGGUCCCUCCAGGCGACAGGAACCAGACCGUGGGACCGUGCAUGGAGUACUCCUGCGGAGACGGCACCUGCAUUUCCUUCAAACAGGUGUGCAACGGCCUGGCGGACUGCCCGGACGGCACCGAGGCCUCGGGCUGGCUCCCAUCGGACGAGCGGGACUGUGGGCUCUGGAGCCCCUGGGCCCCCUGGAGCGGCUGCAGCCGGUCAUGCGGGACGGGGCUGCAGGUGCGCCGCAGGAGCUGCACCCGGCGAGCCCAUGACGUGCUGCGCCACUGCCUCGGGGAGGAGACCCAGGCCCAGCAGUGCUUCUCGGUGGCCUGCCCAGUGGACGGCACGUGGAGCGAGUGGGCAACAUGGUCAAACUGCACCCAGGACUGCCGCGGGGUGGUGGUGCGGCACCGGGAGUGCCAGCCAUCCCAGAACGGGGGCCGCCACUGCACGGAGACGGGGGACGCUUCGGGAAGCUCCAUAGAGAUCCAGAUGUGUCAACGGGAGGAUUGCCUCAAUGCCUCCACCUGCCCCGGAGAGUUGGUGAGCCGGAAGUGCGCGCCCUGCCCCACAUCAUGCGCUGAGCUCUCCAGCCGCACAAGGUGCAAGAAAGACCGGCCCUGCAGGCCAGGCUGCUGGUGUCCGGACGGGCUGGUGCUGGACAGCGGGCAGCGAUGCGUGCGCCCCCGGGAAUGCCCUUGCCAGUUGGACGGCGUCCGCUACUGGCCUGGCCAGCUGGUGAAAGUCAACUGCCGGAUCUGCACCUGUCAGGACGGGCAGAUGAAGCGCUGCCGGCAGAACCCAGAGUGUACAGUGAACUGUGGUUGGUCGGCCUGGUCUCCCUGGGGGGACUGCCUGGGCCCCUGCGGGGUGCAGAGCAUCCAGUGGUCCUUCCGCAGCCCCAACAACCCCAGCAAGCAUGGGAACGGGCGGCAGUGCCGGGGCAUUUACCGCAAAGCCCGCAGGUGCCAGACGGAGCCGUGCGAGGAGUGCGAGCACCACGGCCGAGCCCACGCCAUGGGUGACCGCUGGCGCUCGGGGCAGUGCCAGGUGUGCCAGUGCCUGCCCAACCUGACGGUGCAGUGCUCUCCGUAUUGCCCCUACAGCACGGUGGCCUGCCCUGAGGGCCGAGUCCUGGUGGAGGGCCGAGGAGACACCUGCUGCUACUGCAUGGAGGCCGGUGAGAACCGAACCGCAGUGCCCACUGUGCCAGCAGCCGGACCCCCGGGACCCUCCGUGGCCAGCCCAGCUGCUUUGACCACAGCUGCCCCGCUCAGCACCUUCCCCCUGCCCCCACUCGGAGACCUUUGCUACGGCCCCCUGGGCAUCGCCUCCUUGCCGGACGCCAGUUUCAGUGCCUCCUCCCAGCAGCCGGAGAACCCAGCGCCCGCCGCUCGCCUCAACCGUCUCCUGCCCAACGCGGAUUUACAAGGCUGGGGGCCCCCAGCGGAGGUGUAUCCGGAGUUGCUCUCCCGGCCCCCCUUCCUGCAAGUGGAUCUGGGGGAGCCCAGAAACCUGACGGGGGUGGUGGUUCAAGGGGCCGGAUCCUCCGACGCCUACGUGACCAGCUUCUUCCUGCAGUUCAGCCUGGACGGCGUGGCGUGGCACGACUACCGCGAGCUCUUCCAGGGGAAUUCCGAUGACUCCGCUCCUGUGGUCCGAACCUUCCAGCGCAUGGUCCACGCCCAGCACGUCCGCAUCCUGCCUCGCGACUUCCACAAUGGGAUCUUCUUGCGUGUGGAAAUGCUGGGCUGUGGGAAAGUGACCCCAGAGCUACCUGGAAUGCCAACUGCUCCCCCAGGUUGGAGGCCUUGCUGGACCGGUGAGUUCCAGUGCCAAAACGGGCGCUGUGUCCCAGCUGGGCCCGGCGGUGCCAUCUGCGACGGAUUCAACGACUGCGGGGACUUCUCCGACGAGCUGCGCUGUGGAGUUGCCCCUUCGCCGGAGCCCUCCGCCCCGGGGGGAUGCCCGCCCGGCCAGUUCCGCUGUGCUCUAUCCAGUCUCUGCAUCGAGGCGCCCCGGAGAUGCGACGGGGUCACCGACUGCCCCCAGGCCACCGAUGAGAUCGGCUGUGUGCCUGCAAGCAAAGCGCCCGUCAGGGCCUUUGUGAACCCCGCUAACAGAACUCCUCGCAAUGUUUCUUGCAGCCCCUGGACCUCGGAGAAGCCUGCGUUGGGACCUUCGGUGCCCCACCCUAGUCCCUGCAGCGAGCCCCUGGGCCUGGAAGAUGGGCGCGUUGGCUACCAGCAGCUGAGUUCUUCCUCCUACCAGGACAGAAAUCCCCCAGAUGCUGGGCGGCUCAAUAUCGUGCCCAACAUACAGAACAUGGAGCCUGGGUGGAGCCCGCGCCAGUCCGACCCCAGCCCUUACUUCCAAGUGGACUUCCUCCAGCCCACCUUCAUCACUGCCGUCAUCACCCAAGGUGGUGGCAGUUCGCGGGGCUACGUCUCCCGAUACCGCCUGGUCUACAGCAAUGAUGGGGUCCGCUUUCAGAAUUAUACCAGGGCCGACAACGGCCUGGCAAUGGCCCUGCCACCCCAGGUCUUGGAAGGCAAUUCCGACAGCUCCACUCCAGUACGGCAGGAGCUGAGCCCAGCCAUCUUGGCCCGUGUGCUGCGCCUUGUGCCCACCGAGUAUCACGGGCGCAUUUCCUUGCGCAUGGAGGCGUUUGGCUGCUCCUGGAAGAGGGAGCCCGGGGUGCGUGUGGCGACCUCCACUGCCACCACCCAAGUGCCAGGGACAGCCGGCACUGAAGUCCCACACACGUGGGCAGCGUCUCGUCCAUGGACGGUCACUGGAACACGGGAGUCCUGGUACUCUGGUGUAACCACCAUGAAGCCAGGGGCAACGCCAGCUGCUGCGACUGGCGUUCCGGGAGUGCCUUCCAGCAUCAAGCCUUCCAAGCAGCCCCGAGAAACAGGUGCUGUCCCCACGGGCUUGUCCCCGGGGACUCCUGGCUUCUUCUGGCCCACCACUCAGCAGCUGGCUCCUGCCGUGCCAAGCGUUACGAGGGGAAUCGUUCGUACCCUCCCAUACCAGCCUGGAACGCCGGGCUUGAGACCCACGCUCUCAGGGCCCAGCCGCACCCCCAGCGCCGGCUUGCCCCGGAUCCUUUGCACUCAGGGGCAGUUUGCGUGCGAGGCGUUCGGCUGCGUGGAGGCUGCCUUUGUCUGCGACGGCCAGGAGGACUGCAUGGAUGGCUCCGAUGAGAUGCACUGUGGUGAGUCUCCUACCUCACCCACUGUGACCCCUUUGCCUCCCCUGGGCCCUCCCAGCGCCUGCUCCACCAAGCAGUUCUCCUGCGGCAGCGGGGAGUGUCUGGCGCUGGAGCGGCGCUGUGACCUCCGCCACGAUUGCCAGGAUGGAUCCGACGAGGCCAACUGUGUGGACUGCAUCUUGUCCCCUUGGAGUACCUGGAGCGAGUGCAGCCGAUCCUGCGGGCUGGGUGUGACCUUCCGGCGCCGUGACUUGCUCCGCAAUGCCCUUCCAGGGGGACAGUGUGACCGCGAUGAAUUCGACAGCCGCUCUUGCUUCCUUCGGGCCUGCCCAGUGAACGGUGCCUGGGCCUCCUGGGGCGAGUGGUCCGACUGUGACGCCGAGUGUCGGGGCGGGGUACGGAGCCGCACCAGGACCUGUGCGGACCCCCCGCCCAAGAACGGGGGGCAGCCGUGCCCCGGGGAUGCCGUGCAGAUGGAGACCUGCAACCAGCAGCCGUGCGGAGAUGCCCGCGACUGCGGCCCAGACAUGGUCUAUGUGCAAGCCGGGCACUGCGAGCGGGGUCUGGUGGCCCCUUGUCCCCAGACGUGUCAGCAGCUGAGUGCCAAGUCAAGUUGUCCCAGCAGCUGUGUGGAGGGCUGCCGUUGCCCGCCGGGGCUCUUCCUGCAGGACGGGGGCUGCGUCAACGUCAGCCAGUGCCACUGCUUCUUUGACCGCGAGCGGCGCCUCCCCGGGGAGAUGUUCCUCCGAGACAACUGCAGCCAGUGCGUCUGUCUGGAUGGCGUCGUGACCUGUGACUCCAUGGCCUGCCCCGUGAGGUGUGGCUGGUCAGCCUGGUCUCCGUGGACACCCUGUGGCCGAAGCUGUGGGAUUGGGAUGCAGCAGAGAUUCAGAUCCCCGUCCAACCCAGCGGCUGCCAACGGCGGUGCCCCGUGCCAAGGGGAUGCCCAGGAGGUCCGCGAGUGCCACACGGUCUGCGCUUCAGAGGUGACCUUCAUCUGGAGCGACUGGACGCCCUGGUCGCCCUGCUCCAAGACCUGCUUCUACGCCCCGGAUGUGACGGGCGUGAGGAAGCGCUUCCGGCGCUGCAACGGCACUUCGGAGGCCACGGCGUGUGAGGGGGAGACCGUGCAGGAGGAGCCCUGCGACACGCCCCCCUGCCCAGUGGAAGGCAUCUGGACCCCCUGGACAGCCUGGUCCACGUGCUCGGCUCUUUGCGACUCCGGCGUCAAGACCCGCAACCGCACCUGCUCCAACCCUGCCUACGGGGGACCCGAGUGCUCCGGACCGCUCAUCCAGACCCGCGAUUGCAACACUCAGCCCUGCAAAGCGCUGUGCCCGGGGAACAUGGUGUACCAGACAGCGGAGGAGUGCCGGCGGAAAGGAGGGCCCUGCCCACGCCUCUGCCUGGACCGGGGCCCCCGCGUGGAGUGCGCCUCCCACUGCCACGAGGGCUGCUCUUGCCCCGACGGGCUCUUCCUGCAGGGCGACACCUGCCUGCCGCUCAGCGAGUGCCCCUGCUACCACCAGGGGGAGCUCCACCAGCGGGGCAGCACCGUCCCCCUGGACUCCUGCAACAACUGCACCUGCAUUGAUGGGGAGAUGGAAUGUGGCACCGAGCCAUGCCCAGUUGACUGUGGCUGGAGUGGCUGGACAGCCUGGGGGUCCUGCAGCCGUACCUGCAACGUCGGCACCCGUCGUCGCUACCGCUCCAGCUCUGAGCCCCCUGCCGCCGCCGGAGGACAGCUCUGCCAGGGAUCCAGUGUGGAGAUUGAGUUCUGCAGCCUGCAGCCUUGCCAGGGUUCCGGCAUGGACUGGGGGCCCUGGUCAGAGUGCUCGGUGCCCUGUGGGGGCGGCUAUCGGAACCGCACGCGGGGCAGCAGCACCGCCGUCUUGCGCAGGAUCGAGUUUGCCACCUGCAGCCUUCAGCCCUGCGCAGCUGAGGUGCCCGGCCUCUGCCCGGAGGGGAAGGUGUGGCAGGAGUGCGCAGAGGGACCGGCCUCCUGUGCGGAACUCAGCACGGAUCCUGGUGCGGCAAACAGGACCUGCCAGGCUGGCUGUUUCUGCCCUGGUGGCGCCGUCCUGCUGAACAAUCUCUGUGUGCCGAGGGAGGAGUGCCCGUGUGCUGUGCAGGGGAUGCUCUAUGCCCCGGGAGACGUCGUACCCAAAGGCUGCGAGAACUGCUCCUGCCUCUCUGGCCAGGUGGGCAACUGCUCCCGCGCAGCCUGUGGUGACGUGAACGGCCACUGGUCCGAGUGGACACCCUGGAGCGAGUGCUCGGCUUCCUGUGGCUUGGGACUCCAGAACCGGUACCACUUUUGCACGGACCCCCCUCCGUCUGGCCUGGGAGUGCCCUGCCUGGGCCCUGAGCGGGAGGAGAAGCCCUGCCACGUCCAGCCGUGCACCACUCCAAACUGCUCUGCCGUGGAGGCCUCUGCCUACAGCCGCUGCGGCCCCCCGUGCCCUCGCUCGUGUGAUGACAUCGCGCACUGCAUGUGGGCCUGUGAGCCCGGCUGCUACUGCCCCAGUGGGAAGGUCCUGGAUGGGAACGGAACGGCCUGCGUGGAGAAACACCGCUGCACCUGCCUGGACCUGCUCACUGGCCGCCGGCACCUGCCGGGAGAGAGCGUCCCUCGCUCCGAUGGCUGCAACAGCUGCACCUGUGCCGAAGGGAAACUGAUCUGCACUAACCAGCCUUGCGCCAUUCCGGGCGGCUGGUGUGACUGGGCCCCGUGGAGUCCUUGCUCCAGGACGUGCGGCAACGAGAUGGUCACCCGCUACCGGACCUGUAGUUGCCCCAAGCCAGAGCAUGGCGGACCCGAGUGCGAGGGGAUGCAAGAGUAUCACGGCGACAGCGGUGUGCAGAUCCAGAGGGCAGAGUGCCCCACGGCCACUUUAUGCCCAGUGGACGGGGGCUGGAGCACGUGGAGCUCGUGGUCGCCUUGCGAUGCCUGCGUCGGAGACUCCGUGCGCAACAGGGACUGCAGCAGCCCCCCGGCCCGCUUUGGGGGGCUGCCCUGCCCUGGGGACGCCCGGCAGAGCCGCCCGUGCCACGACGGAAGCACCGUAUGCGAAGGCUGUGGCGGGGGACAGGUGUCUUUCCCCUGCGGCAAGGCCUGCCCGCGCACCUGUGAGGACCUGCGCCCGGAUACGGCCUGCUUGGACAGCCCACAGUGCCAGUUUGCAUGCGCCUGCCCGGACGGACAGCUGCUCCAGGACAGCGCCUGCGUCAGUCCGGCCCAGUGCCGUUGCAAGUACCAGAACAGCUGGCUGGGUGCCCCUGAAGGGCGGAACUUCUCUUCCUGGCCAGGAUUGCCUCUGUGGGAGUACGCCCAGCCGGGGGAGACGGUGCACGGGCCCUGCCAGAACUGCACGUGCGUGGCCGGGCUCCUGCAGUGUCGCGUGGACCCCUUGUGUCGCCUGGAUGGCGGCUGGGGCACCUGGGAGCCGUGGUCGCCCUGCACCCAGAGCUGUGGGGAGGGGGCCCAGUUCCGCUUCCGGGAGUGCAGCAGCCCGGCCCCCCAGAACGGAGGCCGGGGCUGUGCGGGCGGCACGGAGCAGCAGCGGCCCUGCCCAAGCCAGAGCGAUUGCCCAGAGGAGGAAGCGUGGGGCGAGUGGUCUCCGUGGGCGCCCUGCAGCGUGUCCUGUGGCGGGGGAGAGCAGGUGCGCAGCCACCAGUGCCGGCAGCCGGACUGCCAGGGCUUGGCUGCCCAGAGCAAGACGUGCAACACCCAAGUCUGCCUCGAGGUGGGCUGCCCGGUGGGGCGUUUGUACCGGGAGUGCCUGAAGGAAGAGGGGUGCCCCUACAGCUGCGCCCACCUCACCCGCCAGAUGGACUGCUUCUCUGACGGCUGUGAGGAGGGGUGCCACUGCCCGGUGGGCACCUACCAGCACGAUGGAAGCUGUGUCCAGGAGUGCCCCUGCGUCCUAAGCGAGGAGGACCUGAAGAUGCUCCAGCACCACUCCUCCGAUCCGGGCCACGCUCUGCCCACCACCUCCGCCGAGGGUCAGCGGCUCUCCCCAGGGGCGGAGGUGGCCCCGAACAGCACCAUCUAUUCGGCCUGCAGCAAUUGCUCCUGUCGCCACGGACAGCUGACCUGCACCUUCUCCCUCUGCCCUGUGGACGGGGGCUUCACGCCCUGGAGCCCGUGGGCGCCCUGCUCUUUGACCUGCGGUGGGCUGGGGAACAUGACCAGGUCACGCGCCUGCACCAGUCCCAAGCCCGCCAACGGGGGGAAGGAAUGCGCCGGGCCCCAGGUUGACCUCAAGUACUGCCAGACCCUGGAUUGCCAAGCGGUGGCCGGACCCACGAAGGAGCCUGUCUCUGGCAUCCCAGGGAUCUCUGAGGAGGACAGCUUCACCCCCUGGUCACCGUGGACACCCUGCUCUAAGACCUGCAGCGAUCCAGACCUUCCAGCCAUGAAGAGCCGCCUGCGCUUCUGCCAGGCAGGGGCCAACUGCACGGGAGACUCAUUCCAGGAGCGCGAAUGCAAUUUGCCCCAGUGCACAGAUGCCCCCGUGUGCCAAGGCGAGGGCUGCCGGGGCCUGAACUGCACCUGGAACCCCUGGUCGCCAUGGAGCGAGUGUUCCCGCAGCUGCGGGGUUGGGCAGCAGCGCCGCCUGCGCACCUACCACCCUCCGGGGCAAGGAGGGCACUGGUGCCAGGACAUCCUGACGGCCAACACGGAACGGAGCUUCUGCAACCUGCAGGCCUGCAAAGUGGACGGCGCCUGGUCCAAGUGGAGCCCCUGGUCGUGGUGCGACCGCCUCUGUGGCGGGGGGCGCUCGGCACGCACGAGGACCUGCACCAGUCCUCCGCCCAAGAACGGGGGGCGCCACUGCCCCGGCGAGAGGUACCACGUCCGCGUCUGCAACCCCCAGCCCUGCCAGGAGGGCUGCCCCCCCACGAUGCACCUGGUGGACUGCGCCAACGCGUGUCCGCGCCACUGCUGGGACCUCCAGGAGGGCAUCUUGUGCCAAGACGGGGAGGCCUGUGAGGCUGGCUGCCGAUGCCCAAAUGGCACCCUGGAGCAGGACGGCGCCUGCGUCUCCCCUGCCCACUGCGAGUGCACAGACGCCCAGGGGCACAGCUGGGCGCCCAGCAGCCUCCGGGAUGACGGCUGCAACAACUGCACCUGUACCGAUGGGCGUCUCCUCUGCAGCAACCACACCUGCACAGCCGGCGAGUGCGCCUGGAGCGUCUGGUCCAGCUGGUCCCAGUGCAGCGUCACCUGUGGGGAGGGCCUGCGCACGCGCUUCCGGACACCCACGUCCGGCUCCUGGACCCCCGAGUGCCUGAAGGAGCAGCGGCAGACCCUCCCCUGUACCCCGGGCGCUUGCCCCCCUCUGUGCUUGCGCGAGGGCCGAGAGAUGGACCUGGGCAGCGCCUGGCUCCUGGGCGAAUGCCAGCAAUGCAUUUGCACUCCGGAGGGCAUCUUCUGCCUGGACAUUGCGUGCGCAGUAAACGGUGCCUGGACCCCCUGGUCCCCUUGGUCUGACUGCCCUGCCACCUGCGGCCGCAGCAGCCAGAUCCGCACCCGGGCCUGCAUUGACCCUCCACCGCGGAACAACGGUUUGCCCUGCGCCGGCCCAGAGAUGCAGGCCCAGAACUGCUCCAUCUCGCCCUGCCCAGGGGAUGAGCUUUGCCACUGGUCCUCCUGGAGCCCGUGUUCGCGGUCCUGUGGGACCGGCUUGGCCACCCGGACAGGGAGGUGCGCUUGCCCGGCAUCUAAGGAUGGAGCCCCCUGCAGUGCCAGCCAUCGCCAAGAGGUGGAGGCUUGCUACCUCCAAGCUUGCAAAGCGUGUCCCUGGAGUCCCUGGACGCAUUGGACCGGGUGUUCAUGCAGUUUCCUGGUGCAGCAGCGAUACCGGAACCAGCAGGGCGCAGGGGCUGACGGAGUGCCUUGUGUGGGGCUGGACGGGCAAUUCCGCAUGUGCGACUAUUCCCAGUGCUCAGAGUCCAGCUGCGAGGCGCCCUUUGAGUUCCAGGAGUGCGGGUCCCCCUGCGACAGCCUCUGCUCCACACGACGGCACCCGGAGCUGUGCCAGGACAUUCCCCGGUGCCUGCCCGGCUGCUACUGCCCACAGGGUCUGGUGGAACAGAACGGGGCCUGCGUCCUGCCCUCGCAGUGCGGCUGCCUUCACCUCAGCCAGUCCAAAGGCCCCAUGUACCUGGCGGCAGGAGAGACCAUGUGGAUUGGCUGCAAGGAGUGCGUGUGCCAAGAGGGGGAUUUCCGCUGCCGCAGCGAAGGCUGCCAAGGGUUGCUUCCGCUUAGCGCCUGGUCAGAGUGGACGCCUUGCUCCCCUUGCCUGCCCUUGAUGGCGCUCAGCACCAGUGCAGCCUCCAUCCUCCUGGAUCCACAAGACCACUGGGCCGGAGGAGAAGGCCCUUCCCCACCUGCCCUGGUGUCCAUGCAGCAUCGCUACCGGGUGUGCCUGGACCCCCAGACGGGCAAGCCCUGGGCGGGCCAGGCUGACCUGUGCUCAGCCGAGCUGGAGCAGGAACAGCUGUGCCCAGACCCUCAUGCUUGUGAAGAUGUCUGCCUGUGGAGCGAUUGGGGGCCCUGGAGCCCGUGCCGUGAGCCCUGCAGUGGGGGCUUCCGUGUGCGUUGGCGCUCUGCCCGCCCCCCGGCAGGGGAGCAUCGCUGCCGUGGGCCACGAUCCCAGUCGGAGAGCUGCAACACCGCUGCCUGCCCAGGAGAGGAAUGUGAGGAUCGAGGCAAGGUGCACCACCUCACCUGCGCCAACGGCUGCCCACGCACCUGCACGGACCUCUGGGAACACGUGGAGUGCCUGCAGGGCGGGUGCAAGCAAGGCUGCCGGUGUCCUGACGGGCAGCUCCUGCAGGACGGGGCGUGCGUGCCGAUCCCGGCGUGCCCCUGCGGCCUCCCCGCGGCCAACAGCACCCUGGAGUUUGCGCCGGGGCAGUCGGUGGAACUGGACUGCCACAACUGCACCUGUGCGAACGGCACCUUUGCCUGUCCGGAGCAGGAGUGCCCGUCCUACGGGGAAUGGUCAGCCUGGAGCGCCUGCUCAGCCAGCUGCGGAGGGGGGAGCGCCCUGCGACAGCGCCCCUGCCGCGAGAGCCCCGCCGGAGCCCCCUGCGCCGCUGACGCCAUGGAAGGCAUCGAGCCGUGCAACCCACAGCCCUGUCCCGCUGCCUGCCUGCUGAGCGAGUGGUCCGCGUGGAGCGCCUGCAGCACCAGCUGUGGGGGAGGCGUGUCUGAGAGGAGCCGCCGCCUGCUGUCCCCCCCGGGGGGGCCGUGCCCCCUCCUCCCGCUGCUCCAGCACCGCGUCUGCAGCACUCAGAACUGCACCCCAGAAUGCCCGGGGGCCCAAGUCCUCAGCGACUGCGCCAACGCCUGCCCGCAAGCAUGCUCCGACCUGCGCCCGCAGACCCAGUGCCUGCAGGAGGCCUGCCAGCCCGGCUGCACCUGCCCCUCUGGCCAGGUGCUGCAGGAUGGGACGUGUGUCCCCCGGGGAGACUGCCGCUGCACGCUCGGCCCGGGACCUGCCACACCCUGGGCCGCCAACAUGUCCCAAGAGGAUCAGGCCCACGAGUACCUGCCGGGCAGCGUCAUUCGGCACGAGUGCAACAGCUGUGUCUGCCAGACGGGGGUCUUCAGGUGCACCCAGGAGGACUGCGAUGUGCCCUGCGUUUGGUCGGAGUGGUCGCCCUGGUCGCCCUGCCCUGUGACCUGCGGCCUCGGGGAGCGGCUCUCCCGGCGGCACCAGCUCCAGCCACGGCUCUACGGCGGGGCGGAGUGCGAGGGCCCCGCGGUGCGCUGGACGCCAUGCGCCCUCCCCGACUGUGCCUGCCCUGGUGGCGAAUCCUGGCUCAGGCCUGGCUCCUCGGCCCCCUGCGAGCGGAGCUGCCUCCAGAUCUACGAGGACCCACCAGAGAACUGCAGCACAGGGGCGGCCCAGGGCUGCGUGUGCCAGCUGGGACACUACCGGAACGGCAGCGGCCGCUGCGUCGUGGCUGCUCACUGCGAGUGUCAGCACCGAGGCCAGGCCUACUCGGCUGGUGACGAAUGGCGGGAUGGGUGCGAAUCGUGCCGCUGCUUGAACGGGAGGGCUGCGUGCGAGGCCGGCUGCCCCACGCUCACCUGCCUGGAGGGAGAAGUGAAAGCACAGGAGCCCGGCAGUUGCUGCCCCGUCUGCCAGAAGGAGCCGCCCGAGGAGACCCAGCCGGACUGCCGGCACUACACGGAGCUGCGGAACAUCACCAAGGGCCGCUGCUUCCUGGCAGGCGUGGAGGUGAGCUACUGCAGCGGCCGCUGCGCCUCCCACACCAACGUCAUCCCCGAGGAACCGUACCUGCAGACCUUCUGCGAAUGCUGCAGUUACCGCCUGGACCCGGUCAGCCCCGUCCGCAUCCUGAACCUGCAGUGCGAAGGCGGCGAGACGGAGCCGGUGGUCUUGCCGGUCAUCCACGGAUGCGAGUGCAGCAGCUGCCAGAGUGGCGACUUCUCCAAGCGCUGACGACGCCCCUGCAAGUGAAUGACCAGGACCCUUCCUGUUGGAACACAACCGCUCUUCUCCCAUUGCACACCC